CGCCUGUGAGUCGGAUAAGGAGCCUCAAGUGGAGCACCGCAGUCCGAACUCCUCCAGAUAUGGGUGUGUUGAUGUCAAAAAAGCAGCAGGUGGAGAAGGUGCAGAAGUGCAGCGCGGUGGUUUCUGCUUUCAAAGAGGGUCUGAAGGACCGCCCGCCUCAGGCUCGCUGCCCCGAGAACACAGGGGAGCCCGAGGACAAGUCGGUCGAGAGGCCUGCUGCACCCGCACCCUCGGGGAAGGAGGAAGACGAGGGCCAGGUACAGGAAGGAAGUAAACAAGCAUCCACUUCCCAGCAGGCCUCUGCAUCACUGAAGGAAGAAGACAACAGAAUCAAUCAGGAGGCGUGGUCAAGGCUGCGUGAUGGAAAAGGGGUGGAGCCAGAAGACCUAGACAAAGCCAAUCAGCUUACUCGUCCCGCGUUUGUGCGACCCAAGAGGGAUGCCGGUGAUGACCAACCCGUGGACAUAGCGCUGGGGCAGAGGGAGCAGCCAGUGAACGAUGAGAUGUGUGAGAUUUGUGAGGUGUGGACAGCCGAUGACCUUUUUCCUUGCCGGAGUUGCUCUCGGGUCUUCCAUGAUGGCUGUCUCAGAGAGAUGGGCUACCUUGGAACAAGUGCCCUGAAGGAGAUGCGGGAGGCAGCUCACACUGCCACCGGCUGGAGCUGCUACUACUGCGACAAUGUGAACCUCCUUCUCACGGAUGAGGAGAUGCAUAGCCUCACAGAAACCUUCAAAGAAUGCAAGAUCAUUCCAGAAUCCUGCCUGGGAUCAGAUGAGUUCCUGCAGUACAAGAACUUUUUGUCCAAGCAGCUCUUUGAGAAGGACCUCAUGGAUGAAAAAGAGGAGGAGAUGCUGGCUCAGUUCUCAGCCCUUGACCCAGAAAAGAGGGGCCAGAUUGAGUGGACUGACUUCCUGUACCAUGAGUCUCUGGAAGUGCUCAAAAAGUUCCGCUCCCAGAACUCUCUGGUGCGACUCCUGACUGCUAAAGAGCGGGACAGAGCACGAUCUGUGUUCUUGAGUUUGGACCAGGACAAGGAUGGCCUUGUUCUCAGUGGGGAGACCCGGAAAGCCCAGCAGUCCUGGUUCCAGAAAAACACCAAGGAGACGCAGUCCUGCAAUGUCAGACUCAUGGGAUUGUGUUCCCCUGUAUCAAAUCUAAGCAUCAGUCAUGUUGGGCCCAUAUCAGAGAACAGCCCUGCGAGUUCUGCAAGUGAAAAGAGUCGGGAGAAGACCUCGAUCACCAGUGGGAAAGACGACAACAGACAGCUGAGCUGGCCUGAGUUCCUAAAGGAGAGUGCCAUCUUUAUUCUGGCUGCCCGUCCAAACAGCCCCGCUGUGCACCUCCGCCCGCUAUAGCCCUGGAGUCACUCAAGUCCUUGGAAAGAGGCAGAGAAAUGAGGGAAAGAGAGCAAGAGGGAAGUGAAGGGGGCCUCGCGGUCUGAAAAAGAGCCAUAGUAAAGCACUGCUCAUUGAGGAUAUACAGGUACAGUUCAGGCACACGUAUAUACUUCCGUCUAAAACACACAGGGACCGACACGCACGCUGACGUUCAUCCAAAGACGGCUCAAUCGUAGGCCAGCUGCAGAGAGCACUGGCACCAAACAGGAGCAAAAGCCAGAAGCAAAAUUAAAUACACCUAUACAGUAUUUAUUGUACUUAUCCCCAGGUAAUGGGCAGCACAGUUCAUUUUUUUUUUUUUUCCAGAGCACUAACUCAAGAAAUACAGCUAUUUAAAUGGACUUGCGAAAAUAACGUGUUUAACAUUUAUCCUGUGAAUGCGGUAACAGUUAUUUACCUAAGAACUUGAACAGCAGGCUAGCACCCCUGUGCAGUGAAGCUUACUGCGAGGAAAGCCUCUGUAGGAAUGGAAAUGUCAGUUACACUUCUAUUAGAUACUCUAGAAAUGGCACAACUGAAUAUAAGGUAUAUAUUAUGGAUGUUGUUUGCCCUAAUUUAUUUUGCUUUUGUGCAUCUGAAAGGAACUCAUUUGUAAAACCAGUACUGCAAUAUUUUAAGUAAUGCAUUACUUAUUCAAUAAAAUACUCCAUGCAUCAG